UUGGUGAAGGAGGCGAACCCACUCGGAGGCCUCCUCACUCAGGCUUUGGCCUCUAGUCGAGCUGGAAAAACCCGCCUGGGCCGGGCGCUCCCUCCGGCGGCUCAGGCAGGGGGCCAAGGCAGGGCAGCGCCGGCGGAGGAGGCGAGGCCGGGCGGAGGAGGCAGGAGCCCAGCCCAAGAGGGCCCUCUUCUUCGCGCGAGAAAGCCUCCUCUCAGACUUGCCUCGCCCGCCCGGCCAAAAAAGGGAGCAGCCUCCGCCUCGCCCUCCUUCUCUCCAGGAACGCCGCUCGGUGAAGGCGCUCUCGCUUUGCCAAGAUGCCGGUCAAGGGGGGCACGAAGUGCAUCAAAUACCUGCUCUUUGGCUUUAACUUCAUUUUCUGGCUUGCAGGAACAGCUGUUCUGGCAAUUGGACUAUGGCUUCGGUUUGAUUCACAGACAAAAGAUAUUUUUGAACAUGAAGAAAAUAAUACAACAUUCUAUACUGGAGUUUACAUUCUAAUUGGAGCUGGUGCCCUCAUAAUGCUUGUUGGUUUCUUGGGAUGUUGUGGAGCAAUCCAGGAGUCCCAAUGUAUGCUUGGUUUGUUUUUUACUUUUCUUCUGUUGAUUUUUGCUCUUGAAGUAGCUGCUGCCAUCUGGGGAUUUGCAAACAAAACAAAGGUUGCGGAUGAAGUGAAGAAUUUUUAUGAUUCCGUAUAUAAGAAAAGAAAUGAACCUUCUGCUAAAGAAACUCUGAGAGCCCUUCAGCAUGCACUAAACUGUUGUGGCUAUGGUGGAGUCAUUGAGAUGGCAUUUGUAGACACCUGUCCCAAACAAGAAAUUACUGAAGCAUUUAAAGUACAGUCAUGCCAUGCAGCUAUUGAUGAGUUCUUCACCACAAAGCUGAAUUUGAUUGGAGCCGUGGGCAUUGCUGUUGGUGUGGUGAUGAUCUUCGGUAUGAUUUUCAGCAUGAUCCUUUGCUGUGCUAUUCGCAGAAACAGAGAAAUGAUUUAAUGCAAUCUCAGUGAGCCCCGUUCCCUGUAUACAAGGAAUUUGCAGCUACUAAAUCAGCAUUCCUAAAGGCGCAUAUAUAUAUAUAUAUAUAUAUAUAUAUAUAUAUAUAUAUAUAUAUAUACACUGAUGUUCUUAAUUGUUGCUCUUUAUGUUUAUAAAAGCUUAAAAGGAACCUGCUAUUGAAAAGGUACCAACAUCUUGUAUAUAAGGUUUUUAUCUCUAAGCAGAUGUUUUUCUUUUCUUCAAACUUACAAACUGGCAUUGUAAUUUUUGUUGAAGAAUAUUUGAUACUUAAUAAAGAUUUAUAAGCACAUA